GCCUCAGUCAAAGUUGUGUCAGCAGCACAGGAAACUGCAGCUACCUCUCUGCCUUUGCGGCACCAAUAUUUGAGCUUCACUUGUUUGAGGAACAGACCGCAGUUAGUUUUUACAUCCAGUUGGAGUUCUGGACUGAUGAGAUUCCACCAGGAGAAGAUGCUGAACCAAUUAGCCAUCGUCUCGCUGCUCUUGCCGCUGGUGCACAGCACAGGCCAAACUACAAAACUGGAAAUCAUUUUAAGUAAGCUAGACUUUCAAGUAGGAGAAGAGAUCUUGCUGGUAUGUAAAGCCACGAAAGAGGGAGAAAUGACAUGGCAUAAAGGAGGAGAGGAGAUUGAUGAUGAGGACAUCGUCUCAAAGCUGGACUACACCACCUCCAAGCUGCUCAUCAAGAAAGCCAGCCUGUCUGAUGGGGGCAUGUACACCUGCAUGUUUGAGUCUGAUGAUGGGCACAAGGUGGACGCUCAGUCAGUUAUUUAUGUCUACGACGGUCCAUCAUUCCAUGGUACCGCCACCUACCAUGAGUUUCUGGAGGGAGCAAACGGGGUGGUGCCGUGUCUGGUGACCGGGCAGCCAGCGGUGGACAUUGCGUGGCUUAAAGACGGAGAACUAAUCCCUUCUACACCUGGAGUUCGUGUUCGUAAGAUGCCAGACAACACGCUUCAUAUUGAGAAAGUGAAAAGGAGCGAUGCCGGGACGUACAUCUGUCAGGCCCAGAUCAGAGGGAGAGCAAUCUACAAGCAGCUUCCUGUUUCUGUUGUCGCCAACGGUCAGUCGCUUCUUUGUGGCGUCCAAAGACAUAAAGGACCGUCACAAGUAACUCGGUCCUACCUCAUUUUUCUUUUAAUUUUUAGCAAGAUGAUGAUGCUUGUUUUACGUGCAGAGUCUCCAGAGGUGUUUAUCUCAGAGGAUCAGCACAGUGUGAAUGUGGGUGAGCGCGUCUCUGUGUCCUGUAACGUGACUGGUCACCCGCAGCCUGAGCUGCACUGGAUCAACAAGCAAAACGGAGAAGAACUGGAUUCGACUGGUCGUAUCCAGGCAGUGGGUGGCUUCCUGGUGAUUGAGGAAGUGAUGCCCUCCGAUGGCGGACGCUACUCCUGCAUGGCUGUCGGUAUUUCUGGAAAUGCUUCGAGAGAUGUCGUAAUUCAGACCCAGCCCGGGCCGCCACAUUACCUGACGGUCACCCCGGGUCCAACCUCUGUGCUCUUCACACUCAAAACCUUCCCCAUCAACGGAGGAGCACCGAUCAAAAGUUUUGUUCUGCAGUGGAGGAAAAGUGCAACGGAGAAGUGGGAGGAGACCAUUGUUGCAACUUCAGAUAUUUUGACUAUCACCAGCCUCAAGCCUUUCCAUGCUCUUUAACAAAAAUAAAAACCUGCAAAUGAAAUAUAUUCUAAUCAUCUAAAUCCCGAAGUUUUGAGUUAAUUAUUAUAGACUACAGCUAAAUGGUUUCUCCUCCUGAUUUUAGGUGAACCAGACAGUCCAGCUUUAUCCACAAGUCAGGCAGUAGUGGAGGGAAACUCCUUCUCUGUUCCUCUUCAACAAAUUGAAACCGGUGGCUCUCCUCUGCUGCACUUCAACGUCCACUACAAACAGGAUACAGAAGAGAGUGAGUGGGAAACACUGCAGCUUCCCGCUGAUGCCAACUCUGUCAGCCUGAAAGACCUCGCCUUCGGCUCAGACUAUCACCUGGAAGUCAGAGCCGUCAACUCAAAUGGCUCCUCCGUCCCUGCAACGUUCAACUUCACAAUUGCAGAACAGCCUGUGAGCAGCAAGAUGACCAAAGGCACUGUGGUUGGCAUCGUGAUAUUGAUCUUCCUGCUGGUGUUCCUGGCAGUGGAUGCCACCUGCUGCUACAGAAACCGCUGUGGUCUGCUUAUGGCCGUCGCAGGGAAAUUGUCCAGGUGGAAAGACCCAAGCCUCAAAAAGGUGGAGGAAGGAGAGGGGACAACCAACGGAGAUGUAACACUGAAGGGUCUCUCCAAACCCAGAGGCAGUAUUCAGCAGUCAGGGGUUCAGACGCUCAGCAAAGGAGUCGGUCAACUCUCAGAGGUCACCUGCGACAAAGCUCCACUCACCAAAAAUGAGAAAUUACACCCCACAGCUAACCUGUGAGGCUUUCUAAGCUAAAGAAGAGAAAAAGUAAAGACUACAUGUUGUACAGAGAUCCAGAGAAGAAGUCAGUGGAUCCCAGCUGCUGUGGGAGAAGUCAAGCAAAUGGAAAUGGACGGAUUUGGACUGAUGGUGAUAAAACUGAGCUCAUCCUGCACUACGUCCUGUUAGCACAGAGGACACGUUAGCGUGGCUGACACGUUAGCAUGGCUGCUAGCCUCGGUUUUUACACUUGUUGGUUCUUUAACAGGGUAAUAAUGAUGUCUGUGUUUUACAGGGUAAUAGUUUUGUUUCUGUGUAAUCGCUGUAACUGCGUUUGUGAAAGAAAGACAGUAACAUUUACUUGGCACAAUAAAAUGUUCAUUAGUUUCACAGACAGAAUUAUCGUUUUGUUGUUGAUAACUUCUUUGUUGCUAAUAUCGUGUCAGUGAGUCCAGCAGGAGUCAAGAGAAUGGAUUAAAUACUGUAUUAUUUAUCUGUAUGCUACUGAAAAUGAAUGUAAACAAACUCCUGAUAAUAUUUAUUAUUUUCUAACAAAAGUUAUUUGUUUUAUUUGGGUUUAGAUACGUCCAACGCCAUCAUUAAUUUUCUUGCGUUUAUAGAAACGUUCUGCUGAGCACUUUUCUUUUAGAAAAAACGUCUUGGAAAGUCAGAAGGUUUGACACUUGUAGUUAAAGAGAACUUCAAAAGUUUUAAUUAGCCACCUUCAAAAUGUACGUUUUCUAUCAAUGCUACAAUAUUACCAACAAUACAUCAGUAAAUCAACAGAACAGUGUUUAGCUUUUCUUAUCAAUUAUUCUAACAGUGUUUUUAUUUUAUUACCACUGUACAUUGUGUAUACAUUUUUUGUGUUUUAUGAACAGCUUGAUGUCUUUUUGGCUCGUCAUAUGAAUGUUUUCUGCAUGUUUAUUUAGAUAAUAUCAGAAGUGAAGAAAAUGUUUUCCUCUUUCUUCUUUCAUUUUUAAAUCAGUAUUUUAUCCCCACAAACAAAAAGUGUUGAGUGAAACAUGGCAGUGGCAGCAUGAUGAUGUGGGGAUCAUUUUUAUUCUGCUGGCCAGGAAAAGUUAGUCAGACUGAGGAGAGCAAGGCAGACAUAACCUGCAGCUGUGAUCGCAGCGACUUGUCUCAGGGGGGCUGAAUACUUUGUUUUUAGAUUUUUGCUUGUAAAAUGUUUGCAAACCCCGAGUUAGUUUUCCUUCAUUUUCACAUUUGUGCACAGCUUUAUGUCAGAGUGGCAUUUAAAAUAAAUAUACUGAAGUUACAACAGUUUCCUGCAAGACAGUGCGUGGCCCAAUGUGCUGACCAGAAAUAAAAGCAAGCAAUCAUUUCUACAAUUAGCAAAAUGUUGCAGUAAAUGUAAAAAAGCACUUUGAAAUGCCUUGCUGCUGAAAUGUGCUAUACAAAUAAAGUUUGAUUUGAUUUUGA